GCCGCGGGAAGGGAGGCGCGCUACGGCUCCCGAGCCGCUCCUUCCCCCUGCUCCGCGCGCCUGGGCUCUCCCCGCCCUUCCCCCACCUCCCUCCGAGGCCCUUGGGGACGCGCCCGAGGGGGGGUGGGGGCGGCGGCCGAGGCUGGCCCGAGGGUCUGCGAGGAGCCGGGGAGCCCACCUGGUUCGUGGGCGUGGGGCGGGGCGGUUCCGCAGGGAGGGAGCUCCCCAAGGCACAGUGUGGAGUGAAUCCGGAACCCGAGCCCUGCGGAGCUCCCGGCGGCCCGGCCCCAAGGCGCUGCGGCCGCGCCGCGCGGCCCUGCCUGCGCGCGCCAUGAACACCAUCGUCUUCAACAAGCUCAGCGGCGCCGUGCUUUUUGAGGACCGCGGGGCUCCGGAGCGGGAGCGGGGCGGCAGGCCCUACGGCGGCGUCCUGGACAGUACGCACGCUCGCCCCGAGGUGGGCAUUACGGACGGCGCGCCCCUCAAGGACGACCUGGGCCUGAGACACCGGAGGACCGGGGCCCGGCAGAAUGGCGGGAAGGUGAGGCACAAGCGGCAGGCCCUGCAGGACAUGGCGCGGCCCCUCAAGCAGUGGCUGUACAAGCACCGCGACAAUCCGUACCCCACCAAGACGGAGAAGAUUCUCCUGGCGCUCGGCUCGCAGAUGACGCUAGUGCAGGUGUCAAAUUGGUUUGCUAAUGCAAGACGUCGGCUUAAGAAUACUGUUCGACAGCCAGAUUUAAGCUGGGCCUUAAGAAUAAAGUUGUACAAUAAGUAUGUUCAAGGGAACGCUGAGCGGCUGAGUGUAAGCAGUGACGACUCGUGUUCUGAAGAUGGAGAAAAUCCUCCACGAAACCACAUGAAUGAAGAAGGCUAUAAUAAUCCAGUUCACCAUCCUGUGAUUAAAAGUGAGAGCUCAGUCAUAAAAGCUGGAGUGAGGCCAGAGUCACGGGCCAAUGAGGACUACGUAUCACCCCCAAAAUACAAGAGCAGCUUGUUGAAUCGUUACCUUAACGACUCUUUGAGACACGUCAUGGUCACAAAUGCUGCCAUGAUGGGAAAGACAAGGCAGAGAAACCAUUCAGGAUCUUUUAGUUCCAAUGAAUUUGAGGAGGAAUUGGUAUCUCCCUCAUCGUCAGAAACCGAAGGCAAUUUCGUCUAUCGCACAGACACUCUGGAAAACAGAUCCAAUAAGGGUGACAGUGCAGCUAAUAGAAAGGGACCGAGCAAGGACGACACGUACUGGAAGGAGAUCAAUGCAGCCAUGGCCUUAACAAAUCUCGCACAGGGAAAAGACAAGCUGCAGGGGACCACCAGCUGCAUUAUCCAGAAGUCGUCCCACAUUGCAGAAGUGAAGACAGUCAAAGUGCCCCUGGUUCAGCAGUUUUAAGAGUUUGUCACUUUUCAGAUCGAUGGCUGUUCUUCGCAUCAGUGUUUUUUCAUAAACCCUCAUCCUAGGAGCUGGAGCAGGAGUGAAAAUGACUCCUUUUCAAACCUCUUCUUAUUUUUAAUCGCCCUAAAUAUAUCAUUUAGUUGCUUCUAUAAAAGACGUAUAAAUUAUAAGACCUCACUUUAAUCAAAAAUAUUAACUUAUUUUAUGUUACUCCAAGUAUGCAUAAAAUGUCUGCAUUGCUAGUACAGUAAGUGCCUUGCUUUCCCGAAAAUAAGCUGCAACGUGGGCAUAGUAGAGCAGCUGUGCCUCAAAAUGACAACACCACAAUGCUCAUUAGACUGUGAGUGCCAUUCCAGAUGGACCUACCCACGCCAGGACUGAAACCGUAAUUGCUGAAAGCCCUUGAAAUGUAUCCACUAAUUCACAUGUUAAAACCUGGAAAUCUGUUCAGCCCAAAUGAAAUGUUCCUUUAAAAAAAAAAAUUCUGAAGUAUUUAAAAUUGUUCAGUGUGCUUUGCAGAGGGACAGUGAGAAUUUUAUGCAUGUAUCUUGCCUGCAUAUCUGGUUGGUUACAAAGUUCCAAAAUAAAAGGUUCGGGGAUCACAUAAUGUGUACGUUCAAGAAAAAUGGCAAUGAAUGUGAUCAGAAAAAAAGUUUGUAAGCACUGCUGGAAAACACCACAAUGCUCUUCAGAAUUGAUUUGGAUUUUCUUUUUCUCAAGUUUUGCCGAAGUUUUCAAAAAGUUUAUUAUCUAAAUAACUUGAAAUGUUCCCGUAUAAAACUAAAACUAUAGUUUAGGUUUAAAACAUAAUCCUGUUUGCAUUAGAGUUCAGUGUUUUUUGUAAUGGAAACUGUUUUUCAUAUGGAAUAGCUAAAAACCUCUUAUUUGGUCCAUUUCAAAUUACAGUUGCUGAUGGACAACUUGUAUUGCAUUGAGAACAAGGUAAUAAAAGAAAUGUAUCUCGAUGUGAAUAUACAUAUACACACAAAAUUGAUUUUUAAAUUUAAAACAUAUGGGAAACAAAACAUUGAACAGUCUCUGAAUUUUGCCAAAUAGGACAUUAAGGUGAAAUCACGUAUUAAAAGAAAGAACAUUUUGUUUCUAAAUUAGACUAUCACGGAGUGAGAAUAAUCAAUAUCAAGAAAGAAGAUCUUUUUCAAUCAAACGUUAAUAUUCUAAUCAGCUUGGGGUGGCUUGAAAUUUGAAUAAACAGUAGGGAUGCCAAAUAUAACAGAAUAUUUGUGCUCAGAGAAGUAAAAAGGAUUUGUCUCUUUUACAGUGGGGUUUUUUUUCUGAGUAUGUAACCUAUUUUAUAAAUUUUUUUAAAACUGGAAAGCGUUUUUGUGAGUGUGAAUGACAGCCAACAGUGCAGCCACGUGGUGACAUUUUUCUUUAUUUUGCAAAAUGCUUUUAAGACCAGAGGCUGCUCUAGUUGAUAAAUGGACAGUAUCAGUCUUGAUAUACAUCGUAGGACACUUUUUCAUGUAACAUAACAUUUGGGGAUUGGGUUUAUUUAGUGUAAUGAAAAUAAUUUGAUAUUAAAAUAUUUUGUACAUAUAUAUAUUUUUACUUUGUUUUCUAAAUUGCUGUUUGCAGUAAGAGUAAGUGCAAAGCAAGAUAUGUAAGUUAUGACUGUAUGAUCAGAUGAAGUAUGAGUUCUUCUGGUUUACAAGAUCCUUAAAUAGUUACAGAUCCAUGAUAAAACUCUGGAAUCUUUAUAAAACAAUUUUUCGAAAAUGUGAUCAUGUCAGUGAAAACUAAGGACAAGUACUUCACUCUUUUUCAUACUAUUAUAAGUUAUUCUGGUAUUAAAUAUUUUAAUAAAAUUGUUUUUGUUUUUACAUAUUUCAGUUAGAUGAAUGGAUGCUGGUUUUUUUUUAUUUGAAUUAGUCAUAAUUCAUUUUUACCAUCUUUUCAAAAAGAAACAACAAAUUUGUUCUACGUUAUAAACCAUGGAUGACAAGCCAGUAUAGGUCAGCUCUUCACAUGACUUUUUUUAAAUACCAAAGCUUGGAGUCUGGCCUAUAAAUACACCAAGGCGAUUUGAUAAUUAGCACAUCCUGGCAAAAUAGCUCCAAUUGCAAUUACUUUUACUUUAUUUUUUCUUUUGCUGCUUUCACAUUUUCUGGAAAUCAAAGUCCCCCCAAUCCUUUAAAAGCAUCUUCAACAAUGCUGAGUCAGCUGCUGAGACUCUAACUCAUAAUUUAUGUUGUAGAGAAAUAGAAUUACCUCUAUUCUUUGUUUUACCGUAUGUAAUCAUUUUAAUAAAUUUAGUAACUGCUAGGAGUUCUUGACAGAUUUAAAAUAAAAGUUAAUUUCUAGA